AAGAACUUCCCUUAUUGGGUUCACAGCUCAGUGCACUUCAGACCAGCAACAUGUCCUUUGUGGACACUUUGCGCCAGUGGGACAAUGCUGUAACUUGCGUUGACAGACAGGAUUUGACCGAGGCUCUCGCCAUUUUUCUGGCCAUCCAGGAGCCAAACUCCAAAAUCUAUUUUGACAUUGGCUGUCUCCAUCUUCUUAACAAUGACCUGGAUGCUGCUGAAAAGGCGUUUGAUUGCAGCAUAGGCAAGGAUGAACAUCUGGCUGUUGCCUUCUUUCAGAGAGGAAUGACGUUUUACAGAAAGCAGAGGUAUGAGGAGAGUUUAGCUGAUUUCCAGCAUGCCUUCAGAACUCUAAGAGGCAACCAACUGAUCGAUUACAAAGCACUGGGUCUCAGAUACAAACUAUUUGCAUGUGAGGUUCUCCUCAAUGUGGCUCUGUGUGAGGCUCAUCUGGGUAAAUGGGAAAAAGCCCACGAAAACCUUGUGAAGGCUCUUGACUACAAGAUUGAUACCAAGCUCAAUAUUAUCGACAGAGCUCUGGAUUCUGCACUGAAACAGAAACUUUUCAAACCAGUCGAGUUCCCAUCAAAGGUGCUAUUCAAACCGAAUAGGCACUAUGUCGCUGAGCUGGAGAAGAAGGACUACCUUGGCAAAGCAAAGGUUGUUGCCUCGGUUGUUCCUCAGGAUGCCUUCUCUGGAUUUGCUCCCUUACAACCACAGGUUGAAGAAAGUCCAACUUACCCGAAAGAACGCGAGGUUCUGAGGGCUUUGGAAGGACAACCCCACACCGUCCUGUACGAGUUUGUUCCUGAGACCAGCGACGAGCUGGCUGUGGUGCCGGGAAAUAUUGUGUUUGUACUGCAGAAAGGUGCUGACAACUGGGCGUCCGUGGUCUUCAACGAAAGAAGGGGACUUGUUCCUUACAACUACCUUGAACGUUUGGAGAUCUCCUUGGCUUCCAAACAGAAUGAGGGGCAGGGAAGAUCUCAGCCUCCAAGUAAAGAACCACCCACCAGACCUGAGAGGAAACCAGGUCUCACUCCCAGUGGUAAAGCCAGUGGAGACACCCAACAAAAGGAUGAACAGUCUACCAACAACUUGUGCAUUGUCAAAGUCUGCUUCACAUUCAACUUUGCUGUAUCAGUACCACCUGGAUGUACCUACGCAAUACUGGUUGAGAAAAUCUGUAAAAAGCUCAAUCUGCCGUCUACUUCAAUCACUUUGAGUUUAACCUCUGAGGCGACGGAAGAGAGUAUAAUCACUCCCAGCACAGAAAUGGAAGGUGUGUGGCGUCGUGCCACUGGUCUGCGCAUCACCUUGUGGUGCAACACCAAAGAGCAAACUGAUGGAAAUCCAAAAAGUGAGACACAUUACUUUGUGGCACUUCAUUCCUACGAGUCAUCAAGCCCAGAGGAUCUCAACUUUCAUCAAGGCGAGACAGUCACAUUCCUCUCUAGAGUUAACCAGGAAUGGCUGGAAGGGGAAUGUAAUGGUAAAACUGGUAUAUUUCCUGCAUCCUUUGUGGAAGAACUUCCUGUCGAUGGCAGGACAAUGAAAUAAAUCCAUAUAAACACAAACUAGAGCCAGUUUAGUGGCCAAAGCUAAAGGGGGGUCAGGAUACCCCCAACAAAACCAUUUAAGAAUAAUUUUCAUCAUGAAUACAUUUGGACAUAUGUAGCAUGUUGUCAUUAUAGGUUAAAAUUCAGGAUUCAGUAACGCAAUACAGACAAAAAAGCUGGUAAUGGUUUUACGAAAACGUAUUUAUCUUUUUACACUUCCAGUAAUUAAAAACAAUAUCCAUCAUGCCUGCAGAUAUGAUUAAAUAAUCCGUUACAUCGUCGUGGCUGUCAGGUAAAUGUCAUGGAGACGUGCCUUCCUCUUCAUAGGCAAUAGCUAUUCCUCUCCUGCCCUCUACUGCCUUCACCACAGGCGUCUCUCCCAACUUCUUCUCUAAGCCGCGCCAGCUUCGUUCCGACAGAAAAGAUGCUGAGAAAAGAGAAAACCGAAUGUGUUGGGUUUCAUUUGAAAAUGAUUGUAUGUGUGAAGCAUUCCACAAUAAACAUAGAUUUAUGGAAUUAA